AAAAUUCUCGACAAAGGGAAGAACAAAGCUAUCGAACUUGAACCUAUAAAGGAAAGAGAAGAAGGUGACUCCCAAAUGACUGAAGCAACUGUGACUCUGUUAGACUCCAGACCACCUUCUCCAGCAAAAGAAACGUCCAUUGAAAGCACAAAACAGGCUCCUCUCGAUAGACUGCAACUUCAUAGUAAUAUCAUCGAUCAC